UUCCGUCGCCGGGGAGGUUUGGGGCUUCCACCCUGCCCCGGGCGUCCUCCCUUGGCCGUAGGGACCUGCCUGCUGUCCUGACGACGUUGCUGCGAGAGUCCAUGAGACCCCUCCGCGUGCUCCCGCGUCUCCUUGGGCCUGGUGGAGAUGUGCCCUUCCGAACCGCGAGCCACGGCACCGGCCUGCUCUACCCCGACCACAUCCCCACCUCCCCGCUGCAGAAGGUGCUGUUGGCCGCCGGCUCUGCCGGAAUGGCUCUCUACAACCCGUAUCGCCACGACAUGGUCGCAGUUCUAGGGGAGACCACAGGGCGCCGUGCUCUGAAGGUCCUCAGGGACCAGAUGAAGAGGGACCCAGAGGGCGCCCAGAUCCUGCAGGAGCGUCCCCGGAUCUCUCUGUCCACCCUUGACCUGGGCAAGCUGCAGAGCCUGCCUGAGGGCUCCCUCGGUCGCGAGUAUCUUCGUUUCCUGGAUGUGAAUAGGGUCUCCCCAGAUACCCGAGCACCCACUCGAUUCGUGGACGAUGAGGAGCUAGCCUACGUGAACCAGCGGUACCGGGAAGUCCACGACAUGCUCCACACCCUGCUGGGGAUGCCCACCAACAUCCUGGGGGAGAUCGUGGUAAAGUGGUUUGAAGCUGUCCAGACCGGCCUGCCCAUGUGCAUCCUGGGUGCUCUCUUCGGACCAGUACGCCUCCGUGCCCAGCACCUGCAAGCGCUGGUCUCGGAGCUGAUCCCGUGGGCAGUUCAGAAUGGGCGCCGAGCCCCAAGUGUCCUCAACCUGUACUAUGAGCGGCGCUGGGAGCAGCCCCUGAUGGCCCUGCGGGAGGAGCUGGGCAUCACAGGCCCCCCGGGGCACAUCAAGGGCCUGGCCUAGGCCCUGAGCUGCUGAGCCAGGACGGCCCAUCCUGGCUCUGCACCCACUUCCCCAGGGGCAGAGGACUCCUUGCCACACCUUUGUUCCUUGUCUUGAACACUGACCCUUGGACAUCACUUAUCAGAAUUUGUCAUAACCACUGCCGAGUGGCUUUGAGGGCCCAUCCAGGAGGGAGCAGGCAGUGCAGGGGGACACGCAGAGCGCCUGAAGCCGCCCAUAGAGAACCGCACAUGGGCAGGAACCAGCCCUCCCAGCCGUCUCUGGUCCACACCCAUGGCCUAGGACACCCCCCCCCCCCCCCCCGCCAGCCAGGGCAGGCUGGGUGUCCUCCCAGGGGAGGCCUAUACCCAAUUCCAGACGCGGAGAGGAGGUGGGGCAGCGGAGGGAGGAGCCUCCACUGUCGGAAUGAGGGCUCCCAUCAGCCGGGUGCCUGCAUCCCUUUCCCCUGCCCAGCUGACUGGCAGCCUCAGGCCUGCAGGCCCUGAGAGGACACACCCCCUCCAGUCUGCCCUUCAGUUGCUCGCCCCACAUCUGGUCUAAAGUUGGGCAAGAGGAUUCACACUUCCAACUCCACGGCUUUCCAGCAGUAGGACUUACAGCAAGGCCCCUCCCAUCAGCCCAUUGCAUCAGUGAGAGGGGAAGGAAGACGGCCUCCGCCUCCUCUGGUUAUUGUGGUGGUGUCAUGAGGCGAUGCUGAGUAGAAGGGCUUACCCAAGAGGCAGGGGAGGUUGCGUCUGUGUUCUCAGGUGGGAGAGGCAGCUGCCAGCUGGCAGGUCACUGUGGAGCAGCAGCCAGGCGUUUGCCUUGGGUCAGAGACAGGAGUGGGGCAGACGGGAGGAAGGGUUGGGGCGGAGUGGGCAGCCCUGUCUUUAGACUAGUAUGAGAUACAUGGCCAGAACAGCAGAGCCUGUGGUUUUGGGUGGAUAAGGCAACCAAAGCCCGGAGAUGGGCAGGGAGUUCCCUGGAGUAACUAGAACACAGGCCGCAAGGCCUCCUGCUUGCUUUCCCGGUGCCUCGGUUUUCCUAUGAGUAACAACAGCUACAGACUGUUUAGAACUGUACUAUGUGCCAGGCAGUGCCAAGCACUUAGGUUCAUUACCACACUGACACCAGCUAUUGAAGGAGGUGGUGCCGUUGCAUGUCACUAAUGAGACAACAGGAGCAGAGCUAGGCCUGGGACCAGGGCCUCAGCCUUGCUCGUGCCUGCCCCAUCCCCAGCCAGGGCAGCCCCCAGUGGCAGAGGGCGGGUGUGGGAGGCAGUAGGCUGACCUUGGAACCGCGGCCUUUCCCCGAAUCUGAAUUUCUGCAGAAAGAGGAGGGGGUCAAUGUGCGCCCUUGUACCUCAUCGAUCUUUGCAGUACAGGCCACCUUCCCAGAGCUGCCAGUUGUUUCCAUGGCUUCCCAGGGUCCCAGGCACCCCUGUCCCCGGGUCAGUAAAAGUCAAUGAUGCCAAGGUCAGACUCAGCCUCUGCCCAGCCUGUUAACCCACCUGCUCCAGCCACUUGGUGGCUGCAUAACCCUGGGCCUCUGCAGCGCUCAAGAGGUGGGCGCUGGGCGUCAGGAUUAGCUGGGCUGGAGUCCUGUGUCCAGAGCAUAGGGUGGCCUUUUUGCCACCAGCUCAAGAAAAACUAUGCUGGCAAUAGGUGCCACUUACUGAGUUCCUACACAGCCUGCGAGGCCCCAUCAGCAUCUGCCUGGAAACUUCAUUCAUCUCAAUAAACCAUGUGGGCCUUU